AUGAAGGCUUUUAUUGUUGACAAGUGGCUGAAAGGUCCUGAAGAACUCGUUCUCAAAAAUGUUGAUCUCCCUGCUGAACCAAAAAAGGGUGAGCUCCAGAUUCAAGUCAAGGCUGCUGGUUUGAACUUUUUCGACACAUUGAUGAUCCAAGGCAAGUAUCAAAUCAAGCCUCCAUUCCCUUUCAUCCCUGGUGGAGAGUUCAGUGGUGUCGUUCUCAAAUCUACUGUUCCCAACUUUAAGGCUGGCGACCGAGUUUUUGGAUCAGGAUACUCCUUUGCUGAAGUCAUUAAUGUGCCUGCAUCCAAUGUUCUUCCUAUGCCUAAGAACUUUUCAUUUGAACAAGCUGCUGGUUUGUACAUCACAUACCCUACUAGUUACUCUGCUCUUGUUUUGCGUGCCAAUUUGAAGGCUGGCGAGUAUUGUCUGGUUCAUGCUGCUGCUGGUGGUGUUGGUAUCGCUGCUGUUCAAAUCGCAAAGGCCCUUGGUGCCAAGGUCAUUGCAACUGCUGGUUCAGCUGAAAAGCUCGAGAUUGCUAAAAAGUUCGGUGCUGAUUACGCCAUCAAUUACCGUGAUAAGGAUUGGACUGAUCAAGUAAAGAAGGUGACUAAUGGACAUGGCGCUGAUGUUGUGUAUGAUCCCGUUGGUUUGGUUGAAGCAAGCACAAAAUGUACUGCCUGGAACGGCCGUAUUCUUAUCAUUGGUUUUGCUCAAGGCACCAUUGAAAAGAUCCCUACUAACCGUUUGCUAUUGAAGAAUAUCUCUGCAGUUGGCUUACACUGGGGCGCAUAUACCAGAAAUGAACCUGAACGUAUCCCUGAAGUCUGGAAUUCGCUGUUUGAAUUAUUCGAAUCUGGUAAAUUGCAGCCUGCCCUCUAUGAAAAGAUCUAUACUCUGGAUACCAUUCCUCAAGGUAUGAUGGCUAUCAAUGAUCGCAAAUCCUACGCCAAGGUUGUUGCAAAGAUUGGAAACGAUGAGAGCAAGCUUUAA